AUGAACGUGCUGCUGCGCGCCAUCGCGCGGCUGGGCGGCAACGUCACCGCCGUCGGCAAGGCGUUCGACAUGUACUCGCACUACGGCGCCGCGCACGACGCCGACAGCUACACCUGCGUCAUGGAGUCCUGCGCCGCCGUGGAGCCGAUCCAGGGCCUCCUGGUCCACAUGCGCUCCCAGGGCGUCGCGCCCACCAGCGCCAGCUACAACCUGCUGCUCGCGGCCGCGCUGGAGGCCAAGGACCUGCGGACCGUGAUGGGCCUGCUGACGCGCCAGCAGGGGCGCCCCUCGGCGGUCGAGGGCCUCGUGCUCGACCCGGCGGUCCUCGAGAAGCUGCUGGUGCUCGCAUACAAGGCCGGCAACGGCGCCGCGGAGGCGCUGAUCCACACGACGAUGAUGCGGCGCAAGAUGUACGGGAGCCUGCGGAGGGCCGACGCGGAGAUCGACAGGCUCAGCCGCGGCGGCGGCGGCGGCGAGCGCGGGCCUGCUUCGGGGCGGGCGGAGGGGCGGCAGCAGCAGGGUCGGCAGCAGCAGGGGCAGCAGCAGCAGGGGCAGCAGCAGCAGGGGCAGCAGCAGCAGGGGCAGCAGCAGCAGGGGCAGCAGCAGGGGCAGCAGCAGGACCGGUCGCAGCAGGAGGCGCUGCGGCAGCCUGCGGGCGCAGGGCAAGACCGCGACGCGGGCGAUGACGGGGACGCAGCGGGCAGCAGCGCGGCAGCACAGCAGCAGCAGCUGCUGUCGCAGGACGAAGACAAACUGGAAGCGCCGGCGUCGGGCGCGCGGGCCGCAGCCGCGGGCGCGGCAGGCCAGCAGGAGGCUGGCGCCGCAGCGGCGGCGGCGGCGGCAGGGGCGGCGGCGGCGGCGACAGACGGGUGGACAUCCCAGGCGUUCGUGGGCCUUGCGGAGGCUGGCAGCGCGGGCAGCCACCUGGACGAGCUCGCGUCUGCUGCUGCAGGUCACGGAGCGGGGUCAGAUGUCAGCAGGGAUAGUAGCGGCUCCACUGCGGGUGCUGGCAGCGGCGGCGGCAGCGGCAAGGCCUAG